ACGACCCCAGCAGCUUAUGAACUCUUAUCCAUGGAACUCACGGAUGCAUGCGCAUGAAAAGCAAUCGCAAGCAGCGAGGUCGCUCAACACAAAUCUUGCCAAGGAGUCUUCCUUCUUAAUCCCCUCCAGCUCACCUUGGAGUGGCCAGUCGCCCACGUCCUCACCCCUGCCCUGCCCCGUCAAAGGGCCACUCAACCCCCGUCUGCCUGUUGACGCUGUCGCCUCCACCUCCUCCACCUCCUGCUCCUCCUCCUCCUCUUCCUCUUGCCGGCUCAAACUGACAUCCUCCCCCACCUCCUUUGCCGCCUGCCACGCUACCCGUCCAUUACUCGACAUCCGUCCAUCUUACCUGCCUCGUCCUGACCAGAUCUCCACACCCGUCUCCUCCAGCUACCACGCCCUCACCCACCCCACGCACUCGCACCACCCCCCACACCACCCCUGCCGUGCCCGCGUCCUCAUGGCGUCCCCGAAGCUCGGCGUGUCGGCGACCACCACCACGUCCUCUCCAACCGCCUCCUCCGCCGCCCCACUGUGCCCGCCGCCCCACCACCCGCCCACCAGCAGCCCCAGCCCUGUGCCCGAGGGCGGCCCACCGAGCCCCGUGACCCCCGACCCUGUGCCCGGAGCCGUGCCCGCGGCGGCCUCCGGGGGCGGGCAGCCGCCCCGCGCCCACCUGAGCAUCGCGGUGAUCCUGGAGGAGCUGCACGUGCUGCAGCAGCGGCAGAUCCACCAGAUGCAGAUGACGGAGGAGAUCUGCCGGCAGGUGCUGCGGCUGGGCGGCGCGUCCUGCGCCUGGGACCCGCUGCCGCUGCUGCUGCCGCCGCUGCCCCAGCUCUGCCUGGAGGGCUCCAAGACCGCCUCCGCCUCCUCCGUGCCUUCCAGUGGGGGCGGGGGUGGUGGUGGUGAUGGCAGCAACAACAGGCCGUCCCAGCAACAGGGCGCGUCCGGAGGGGGGUCUGUUGCGUCAGGCGCCUCCUCCUCUGUGCCCCCCCUGCUCGCGUGCUUCUCCUCGCUGCUUCCUCCGCAGGUGGGAGGAACCAAACCCCCGAAGCCGGCGCACCCCUUCUCCCAGGUGCUGCGGCCCCACAAAGCCCAGCUGGACAGCUCGGCCGGGGCGGCUGGGGGCGACAAACAGGUGUGCACGUCCGCUGGUGCUCGUUCGUCAAACGCUUCGUCUUCCUCCUCCUCCUCCAUAUUCGGUGGUUCCAACUCGGCCGGAUCGGGCUACCCCUUGGCACUGGGUCUGCCGACUCGUGCAAUGCUGGAAAAGUCUGCCAAUGCUUUGUCUGCCAGUGCUCUCAGUAGUCUCAGCAGCCUUUGCACAACCACGCCUCCGCCAUCUGAUCACUCCAGCAACCCCCCGCAGUCAUCCGCCCUGGGAGGAGGAGUCGGUGUCAGCUCCGCGUCCUCCUCUUCAUUCCUGGGCCGCAUGUCGUCGCACCACCACACCUGCCGGUUCUGCGGCAAGCAGUUCAGCAGCGACUCGUCCCUGCAGAUCCACCUGCGCUCUCACACGGGCGAGCGACCCUACCAGUGCCCCGUCUGCCUGAGCCGCUUCACCACGCGCGGCAACCUCAAGGUGCACUUCCUGCGCCACCGCGAGCAGAACCCCGAGCUCUCGCUCUCCCUCCUGCCACCUGCCCUCUUCCAGGCGGCAGCAGCAGCAGCAGGGGGCGCCGCUGAGCAGAGCCAGGCCUUGAGCUCCGGUGGUGGUGGUGGAGGAGGUAGCUCUGCCAUGGCUGCUCAGCGGCAGCGAAAGAGGCAGGCGGAGGACGAGCUGUUCGGCGACGCCGGCCUGGAGCUCAGCAUGGCCGGGGGCAGGACCCUGUCGUCCUCGUCAGGAGGUGCAGGAGGAGGAGGAGGGAUUUCCUCCCAGCACAACCCGCCCUCUUCCUUACCGCUGCCCCCGAGUGUGGACAUCGCCCUCAUCUCCACGGCCCACUCCCUCAUACAGCUCAACCGGGCCGCCGCCGCCGCAGCUGCAGCCGCCGCCUCCAUGUCCGCCACCACGUCGCACACACCGUCCUCCUCCACGGUAUCCUCCUCCUCCUCCUCGGCUUCCUCCUCUCUAGCUUCCUCCCUGCUGUCUGCUCCAGCCUCCGCCUCCUCCUCCUCCAUCGCCGGGCUCCUGAAAGGCGCCAAGCAGCAGCGCUUUGACGAGAACACCCCUCCGCUGCCGACGCUGAUGCCCCACGCGGCCUACUCCCAGCUGGCACACCUCCCCAAGCUGCUGUUCCCUUCCGCCUCCUCCCACCACCACCCCGUCCUGGGCCUCCUCAGGGGCUCCCCAGCCGCAUCCCUGGCCACGUCACAGCAGUCUUCCUCGUCCACCUCCUCUACCUCCUCCUCCUCUUCCACCGCCCAGCACCUUCAGCAGCUCAACUUCCCCUUCCCGUCGUUCCCCAAAGCCGCGGGCGCGUCUACUACUGCCGUCGCGUCCUCCUCCUCCUCCUCCCCGUCCACCUCCACCCUGACCUCGGACACCUCCAAACUGCAGAAGCUGGUGGAGAAGCUGGAGAAGGAGCGGCCAAGCCCUUCUCAUUGGCUCUCCUCCGCAGCGGAGGCGCUGGGAUGCAGUGGCAUCGGCGGUCUAGGUGGAGGUGGCGGCGGCAGCGGUGUUGGUGUGAGUGCAACCUCAGCCUCCGGUCUCACCACCUCCAGCAGCUUCCUGAGCUCAGGUGCUUCCGGCCUCUCCCUCUCCACCACCUCCACCCCGCUUGCCUCCUCCUCCUCCUCCUCCUCCACGGUGCUAACUCCAGCCUCCACCUUCACCAGGGAGAUGCUGGCCGCGCUGGGUAUGGCGACCGGCAGGCCCUCUGGCUUGGCCGGUAUACUGAUGCCCAACCUGGGCAUGAUGAGUGCGGCAGCAGCCGCUGCCCUGGCGCCCAACCAGUGUGGCAUCUGCCUGCGGGUGCUGAGCUGCCCGCGUGCCCUGCGUCUGCACCAGGCCACCCAUCUGGGCGAGCGGCCCUUCCCCUGCAAGCUUUGCGGCCGGUCCUUCUCCACCAAGGGCAGCCUGCGGGCACACCUGGCCACGCACCACGCGCGCCCGCCCAACGCCCGUGCACAGAACUCGUGCCCGCUGUGCCAGCGCAAGUUCACCAACGCCCUGGUGCUACAGCACCACAUCCGCAUGCACCUUGGGGGCCAGCUGCCGCCAGAGGGAGAGGUGGAGGCGGAGGGAGAGGGCGAAGGGAACUCUGACGCCAUUGCCACCGCGGAGCAGACGGCGGGGUCUUUCGCACUCUUCCAGGGGUCAGAGGUCGCUGCCACGGCGACUAGCAGCGCAGCAGCAGCGGCGGCAGAUCUCCUUUCCUCCUCUGGCCUGAAGGAGUUGCAGAAGAUCUCUGAGCGACGGCAGGGUGGAGAGGGCAGCGCACCCGUGGGCAGCUCCGUGCCUCUGCCAGCCGGAGGGAGCAGCGCAGCAAUGUCCUUGGCCCCUGCGGGAAGCCCCAGAGCAGCGUACAGCCCUGAUGCCAUACCGCCCGCCGACCUUAGCCCUGACCCUACCCUCAACCCUGCCGACGACGCUCCAUCGACAGCCGGCGUGGAACCGCCUGUCCUGAGUGCCAGUGUUCUUCCCCUGCCGCCACCACCAUCAUCCAAAGCUCUCUCCCCAACUGACCCCCAACCCCCUCCUCCUGCUGCUGCUCACGCUUCUUCUUCUUCUUCUCCAGAGCGUCUCCCCUUCGGUGACGCCUUUCUGGAGAGCUCGCUAGUGCCCCCUAGCAGCAGGAGUGCCACCUCUGCCCCGAGCUCCCCCGCGGUGACCAAAGCCAACAGCCCCUUGAGUUUCUUGGGGGGCGAAGAUGACGACGCAGUGCCCACACAGAGCGAGCCCCCACAGUCCCUCCUCUCCUUGUUUCCUGCUGGCCAGACCAGGUCUGAUCUGGAGAGUCUUCCGAGCAGUUCUGUCGCACAGAGCUCUUCCUUUGCACAGCCUCAGCCCCAGCUCCAGCUCCAGCACGAGCAGGGCAGUCCACCUCCACCUCCACCUUUCCCAAUGAUGCCAACUUCGGGCACUCCCGACCCAGCUAGCACACUGUCUGAGGACCAGGGCGCUGCCCAGGGGCCCCCAGGGGCCUGUAGCCCGGAGGACCCCAGCGAAGAGAGCGAGGCCGAGUUGCCUUCUCGUUCCACACCAAAGAGCAGCCAGAUUGGCGCCUCUGCCAGCCUGGACCUGGGCAGCCAGACAGUGCCAAGUGAGGACGACGCGGAGAGAGAUGGCGGCGACGUGCCCAUGCACGAGGCCCCGGAGUCUCUCCUGCCAAUGAGAGAGCUGAGAAUGAAGGGCCUGUCGUCGUCGCCGUCUUCUGCGUCGAAGGACGAACUGAAGGAUGCUGGGAAAAAAGCAGCAGCCGAGCAGGAGCCAGCGGAUGCGGUGGUGUCCUUGGGCCUGGCGCCGACUCUGCCACACCCUGCCUUGCGGCCGGAGAAGAAGACGUACAGCUGCUCCGAAUGUGGCAAGGAGUACGCCAGCCGCAGCGGCCUCAAGGGCCACAUGAAGCACCAUGGAGGAGCUGCCACCAGGCCACCGCGCGCCCCGGCCAGAUCCACCCGCUUCAGCUCCGAGCGCCACGCAGCCUCCUCUUCCUCGUUAUCCGCCUCUCUUCCUCCGCAGCCUUCCACCGCCACCCGCGCCUCUGUCAACUUCUGGAACCAGUACCAGGCCUUCCUUGGCACCAACACCGGCUCGGCUGCCGACGAGCUGUCUGGCUCGGGGGGCCUCGCCGGCGGGCAGGGCCAGUCGGGCUUGGAGAUGCCUCAGCUAUCCGACUCUCCGGUGAGGUCGCAGCUGAUGAUGGAGAUGGGCUCCGGGAUUGGGUCGCUGGAGAAGGAGGAAGAUGAGGAAGUGGAUGGCUGAAAAGGGAGUGGGGGCGGUGGCUGGGGUGGAGGUUAGCUGACCAAUCAUGCUGGUGCUUUUAACAGUUCCAUGCCUUCAGACAAGACAUGUGUAUGUUUAUUGUUUUUAUGUAGUUGUACCUCUUGUCUGUCUAUUUAGUAGUCGUUGAGUCAUUGGCUUGACUUGUUGGUUGUUGGUCUAACGUUAUGGUUGUGGUGUUGUCCAUUCCUCAAAGAGGACCACUUGAAAAAAAAAAUAGCUCAAAUGUAGCACAGAAGACCUUUUAUAUUAUUUGACAGCAUUAAAACUAUUUUGUCCCAAUUUGAAAAAAAAGCUUUUUUUGAAUAAUAAAAAAGCACUAGAAAACCUGAUAAUCAGGAAAAGCACCUUCUUUUACAAAAGGGUGAAAAAAAUAAGACCAGAGGAAUAGAUAGGAAUAAAGAGGACGGGUCUCUAAACUUUGUACAAAUGACCCAAGAAGGCUUUGGAUAUUUGUGACUGGCUCAUGUAGUACUGUGCUGUUAGCUUACAUUCAAUGGUGCCACUAUUACCUAUAUUUUAUCCUUACACUAAUAAACUAAAGAGGAAGAUUCCCAGCCAGGUCUACUUGGCAGUUAAUUACUAAUGGUAGCCAUUUGUGAAUCGUUUGAAUGUGAUGUUUCCUAUGCGGUUCCAGCAGUGCAGUAUGUUGUCUGUUUUUUUGUUUUGUUUUUUCCUUCAUAUUUUUGUUUUGAUUUCUCCACAGGAAACAGUCUUUUUUGUUACGGUUGUAUUUUUUUGGAACCAGUAAAUCAGACAUUAGUCUGUACCUUUCGUGAGUUGUUCAUUCAGUGUAUGCUCAAAAACUGAAGAGAAAAAUAAAAAAAGUUUGGUAACAAUGCCACUAAAAGAAGUCACAGUGCAUUUCCUUACAGUUGUAGUUCAAAUGUCUGCUCCCAAGUAAACUAGUAAACAAUU